AUGCCCGGCCCCCGCUCCACCUCCCACAUAAAACAAUACACUCCCUCCCAAUUCUCCGCCGCCAUAGCCGCCGUCUCCUCCGGCAGCCUCUCCAUCCGCAAAGCCGCCCAAGCGCACUCCAUCCCCUUCUCCACGCUUCAGCGGCACUUCCAAGGCACACCGCAAGCCAAGCGCUCCUACGAGACUUCUUCGCGGGAAAUGCAAAAACUCACGCCCGAGCAAGAGGAGAACAUCGCCAUGUGGGUGCUGGCUCAAGAGAACUUGGGACUGCCGGUUAAGAUGGAGGAUAUCAGGCGGUUUGCUGAUCGGGUUUUGGAGGUUGGAUUGAAGGAGGGUGCGCAGGGGCAGGGGCAGGGGCAGAGUCAAAAGAAGGGAGGGGUGAGGACGGCGCUGGUUAGGAAGGGGACGGCGGAGAAGGAGAAGGAGAAGGGGGUUAAUAAGGAAGGUCAAGGGGAGGGAGAGGGGCAAGAGGGGGAAGGAUUGGGUAGUGGUAGUGUGACGGUGGGCAAGCAUUGGGGACCCAAGUUCAUGCAACGACAUCCCCAGCUUAAAGCGGCGAGGGAGGCGAGGAGGAAGGAGUUGAAGAAGGGGUUGAGGGGGAAGCAGGCUGGUAGUGCUGCUUCUGCCUCUGCUGCUGCUUCUGCUUCCGCUGCUUCUGCUGCUGUUGUCAACACCCCCACGCCGGUCGCCGCCGCUAAUGGCGCGAACGGUCACGGUCACACUGCCCCUGGUUCGGCGGCGCAGGCGCAGGCGAGGUUCGCGCCGCCGCCGCAGACUCCUACUCCUACUCCUGCUGCUACUUCUGCUCCUGCUGUUCAGCAGCAGCAAAAGAAUAGCCGCCAGCGCCAGCAACAGGAAGAAGAGGAUGUUGAUCCAGAACUGAUGGAGCAGGACCAAGAUCAAAUUGUCAUGAUGGAAGAGGACGACGACGUGGAGGAGGACGAAGAGGAAGAAGAUGAUAAUGUCCAAGUCAAGGACGAAGAAGAGUACGAAGAUGAGCAAACGCCUGAUCAACAGCUGUUGAUGGAUUCGCAGCGGUAUUCCAGGUUUGCCACGAACAACGGAAGGCAUUAG